GCUCUGCUGGAGGAGGCCGCUCCAGGCCGGUUCCCCCCCUUCGCCGCCCGGUGCCCCCUCUACGGCUCCCACCCCGUCGAGUUCCUCGUGCUGCAGGACCUGGCGCCUGCGGGCUUCAAGAUGGCCGACCGCAAACGCGGCCUAGACCUGAGGCACAGCCUGUUGGCCUUGCAAAACCUAGCACGCUAUCACGCCGGCUCGCACGCGCUCUUGCGGCGAAAGCCGCAACUGCGCGAAGAGCUGCCCCCUCAUUGGCUGGAGAAGGCAGACGAUGCCGCGAAACAGUUCAUGGAAAACAUGAUGCAAAUGGCGGCCGACGCUUGUCGGUCGUGGCCAGGCUACGAGGAAUACGCAAUACUCCUCGAGAGGUACAAGCUGGUGGCAAUGGACACUGGGAAGAUGUGCGCCCGUCCAAAACCUGGAGCGUUCAAUGUCAUUGUGCACGCCGACUUCUGGGUGAACAACAUGAUGUUUCAGUACGAGGACGGCUAUCCACAACCGCAAGGAUACCGUAUGGUAGACUUUCAGGGUUGCACCGUAUCGUCUCCGAGCCUGGACCUCCUCUACUUCUUCAACACGAGCGUCACAGAUGAUGUGUCUGCUCGCCACCAGAAACUUCUGCUUCAGGAGUACCACAGCACGCUGGAGGAGACGCUGAGGCUGCUGAGAUUAGAGGCUCCGUCGUACGAAACGCUGCUGAAGGACUUGGAUGCCCAUGGGCCCUUCGCCCUGAUGGGCACCCUCAACGUCAUACCCUUUGUCCGUGCCCAGCGGGCAGUCGACUUGGAGGCAUCGCUGACUACUGGUGGCAACGGACUGGCGUACCUCUACGAAGAUCCCGCCGUCAAAAAGUGGAUGCAAAGAGUUCUUCCUGAAUAUAAACGCAAGGAGUGGCUGGAUAGUUAACGGGUUGCGGAAGCACAGUGUAUAGACGAGCCACUCUCAGAAGGGACCACUUUGACGGCUCGGGAAACUAAUGAACGUCAUGCAGGGGGAUGAUAUUGACUAGAUAGUGAUGUAGCUAUUUGCAAAUGAGCUAUCUCUAAAGGAUGGCAGUAACAAAACGAGUGUAUGAACAUAACCUGCAGUUCUGUUGGCAGCGGUGACCAAUCAGUAGCUGUCAAAGCGGUCCCUUCUUAUAAUAAUUUCCCUAUAUUACGUAAGUGCACUUAAGCAGGGCCCAUAACGUUUUUUUCCAACUGGAACACAGACCAGUCUCAAUAGGCGGCUGUGGUGGUGCAGCAACGCUAGAAGUUUCGAUUUCAACUGAAGCGUAGUUGUGUGAAGUAUUCCAAAAAAAAAGAAAUAAUACUAAAUAUCAAUAAUAAAUCAAAAUAUUAAAUAGUGCCUAAAUUUUUGCCAGUACGCCGCUAAUACAGGAGAAAAGUUCAAAGGUAAAAUAUAAUAACAGCAAUACCAGAAGAUGUACCAAAACAUAGAACGGGCAACAGCUCUACCAGAAGAAAAUACACAAUCUAGUUCAGUAUAAUGCAGGGAAAUGUAUAUACGGCACUUCAGGGUGUCUACAUCAUUCAAGACCUCUAGUUUUCGUGCAGUUUUUGCAUGAAAACUUUGGAAUAUGUUGUAUUUCUUUCGUGAGAAAAAGCACAGUUUAUUUAUAGCUUCUCUAGUGGCAGAUUAGUUUACUUACUAGUUGGUUUAUGGCGGAAACUGCCUAUACUCUUCAAUUUUGUGUGGUUAGGUUAGGCGAUAGUUGUAAGAUAUAGUCUUUUGACGAGACGGAUUUAAGUUCUCGGUUUGAGCUUGCUUCAAGAGGAAGGAAUACGUUUAUUAUAUUGUUUUUUGCAAAUGUGAGAUUACGUAAUCUGACUUCUGCAGACAAGUAGGGUUAUCAUAUUUCCAUUCUGGAAAAAGAUGAUCUUUCUUAGAAAAUGUUUUACUGUAAUAAUUUAUUUUUAUUAAAGACAAAAUAUCUACUACUGACAAAUUAAACACUUAAAUUUGUAUCAUCACACAACGGGCCUACUUCAUUAUCAUUACGGUCUUUUCCAUUUUUAUAUCAUAAAUAUUUGAUGGAUGAUGAAGUCGCCCUCAACAAUUAAAACUCUGCUUUUGCUUUGGUUUGAAUCUUGCAAAUAACGCUUUGAACUUUUCUUUAAAUAUUCAAGACGUUUUGGCAUCAUGCUCAAAAUAUAAACAGAAUUAACAACAGAAUGUCAUAUGUGCCAGAAUAUUAUUAUGUUUAAAGUAAAACCUCAAUAUGGAGAGAUAAUCUUUAAUUAACAAUUUUGCAAUAAGUUAAUGCUGUCCGCUAGUAUUUUACCAAAAAU